ACUGCAUCUUGCCCUAUUACUAUUUUGCCUGAUAAAAAUUUAUAAAAAUCAUUGCGAUCGCUGGCCGCCGCCUAUGAUUAAGUUUUGAGUGGAUCCCCGGCGUCAAAAACCGAAUCCCCGCCAGGCGGAAGUGAUAGCCGCGUGCCGAGUGUGGGCCACCCAGUGAUUCACGACGUUGACAUUGAAAAACAAAUGCAAUGCCAGCACAGUGGGCGUGAAAAGGAGGCGCAAGGGGAGCUGAAGCAGGCCAGGAAGGGCAAGGAUAAAGCGCAGCGAUACGGUCGAUAGGAGCAGCUGUCCACCGACCAGCGUCAAAAAUGCCCUGCGAAAGCUGCGGCGUGGAGUUCACGGUGUUCCGUCGCAAGCGCGCUUGCUUCGACUGCAAACGUUACUACUGUGCCAAUUGCAUUGCGGCAAGGAGAUGCCAAAGGUGCUCUGUUUUUGCCCAGCGUCCGCUUUUAAGGACGGAUCUGUUGAAGCUCAAGCCCAAGGACCUGAUUUUCUAUCUGCAGUCCAAGCACAUCUCCACUGAAGGCUGUCUGGAGAAAGAGGAACUGGUGGGCCUAGUCCUCACACAUGUGGCCCAGGUGGACAGGAGCCGCGGGUCAAAUGCCUCUGCCAACAGUCCGGGUCGUAGCCAGGCCAACCCUAUUGACAGCAUCAAACAAUCGUGCCAAAACUUCUUCUCAAACCUGUCUGACAAUAUAAAUGAUUCGCUAGCCUCGUUUGAUUCCAAGACUAGUGCUAAACCGCCGGAGAACAGGCAGCCCGAGGCGCCCUCCCACAUCUUCGAGCAGCCGCGGGUGUCCACGCGCGAGAUUCCCACUUAUGCCAGUGCCGUGAACGGCGGGCCACAACGCGUCCACGUCCAUCAGCCGGCCACCACUACCAAUGGAGGCAGCCAGAGCAGCAGCAGUCCCUCAACUUCCACGCAGGCAUCGAAUAACCGCGAUGCCAGCACCAGCAGCCAGGCCCAGGUGGGCCACCAGAAGAAGAAGGCAGAGGAGCAGGAGGAGGCGCAUAGCAAAUCCGACUGCGAGUGUUCAGACGACGAGAUUAUGGCCACGUUCAGUGAGCGUGUUUCGCUGUCGCUUAAAACUGAUACCAGUGGCCGGGGGGCCAAUGCUCCCGCAGCUCCCAGUGCCGCUGGCCUUGUGGCCGAAGGAGAUGGCCCUGGAGGCGCUACAGCAGCUAGUCCGGGCUGCUCGAAGCCGGGCUCGAGCAGCUCCAAGGCAGAUGCGUCCUCACAGUCGAGUUUCGAGGAACUGGGCGCCAUUGGAGGUAUCUCCGACGAAAGCAAGGCCACCACGGACACCAACAGCAGCCACCUGGAUCAGUGGCAGGUGCUAGAGGUUAACCGGAUCGAGGCAGUAGAGGAGACGCCAACCACGAGUGCCGCCGAGGAAAUCUUGGAGGUGACGUUGCGCAGCAGGCCAGCAGUCGAGGGCGACGAAGGCCAGAUAGGCGAGAGCACACAAACCCUGAACAUAGAGCAGCGUCCGGCCAACCCAAGUCCCGCGCUUAAUCCCGCCGUGCCGCAGCGCACAAAGAAGGUGACCCGCCGACGAUCCGAUGGUUACUUGAAUCGCCGCUAUCACUCCAGUGAUGACGAGUCGCCCGUGACACCCGGUGGACCUGGUCUGAGCCUGGGUCUUUCUACCCUAAGCGAACAGCCUGAGCCCGGCCUCCAUGCGCACUCCCAUCGCCAGAGUUGCCAGCGCUGCGGUAAGAACAAGACAAACAUCCGUCGACACGUGGAGAAGAUGCGACGCCAUCUGGAGAACUCGCAAAUGUCUGAGGAAGACAUCAAACGGGAGCUGCAGGAGUUCCUCACGUACCUGGAGCAGCGCACCAAGUCGGUGGAUGCCUCUGACGCGGACAGUCACGCGGUGUCUCCUCUCAGCGUGGAUGCGAUUAGUGUGGCUGCUGGCGGUAGAUCCCCAGACAUGCCCAUCACACCCACCAUUGAGUUCUCUCCCACGCAGGAAGAUGAUAUCCGCUGGGACGACGACGAAGGCAUCCACGUGUAUGCGGCACCAUUGGACUUUGAGCCGGCCGCCGGCAUUGAUUCGCGUUUUGUCAAUUUGGAAGACAUUGAGGAUUUAAAAGACUUGGAGGGUUUGACAGUGAAGCAGUUGAAGGAAGUCCUCAUGCUGCACCGCGUCGACUACAAAGGGUGUUGCGAGAAGCAGGAGCUGCUGGACCGCGUCGGCAGGCUGUGGAAAACCAUGCAAGAGUCUCCAGCUGUGGAGAAACUGCCUACGGACGAGCUGUGUAAAAUUUGCAUGGAUGCGCCAAUCGAGUGCGUGUUCCUGGAGUGCGGCCACAUGGCAACAUGCACGAGCUGUGGAAAAGUGCUAAACGAGUGCCCAAUAUGCCGACAAUAUAUUGUACGAGUUGUAAGGUUUUUUAGAGCAUAAUGAUACGGCUAAUGGUGACUGGACAUGGUUUAAUGCUGGGGGCCACCACAAGGCAGCUACGGCUGCAACUGUACUGUACUGUACAGCAAAUCCGGAUGGCGGAGAUACAAAUUAUUUGUUUCCUUAAACGACGCGAGUGCAACAAUAAUAAUAUUUUUAAUAUUUUGUUCUACUAUGUAGUAUGUUGCCAGUAUAUGUAAAUGCGUAUAUAUAGUGUACACCCUGAUACCGCUUUCAAAGUGUAUUUAUCUAUUUCAAAUGUGAAAUACUUUUGCUAUUUAUUUUGUUUGUUCUUGUUGUUUGUAUAAAAACGAGAGGUUAUUUAGAUCAACUAACAUUCCUAUAAGCCGCAAAAAAGAUUAAAUCGGUUAUAACAGUUGUGAAAAACUUGUCUAGAUGCGCAUUUAAACAAUAAAUAUUUUCAAAUAUCUAG